AAAAUGAAAUGAGUAGGCUAUGCCAGGCACAAACUAUGUUUUUAAGUAGGUUAGUAUGACUUAGAACGUAGCCUAAUGUUACAAAGUAUUUUGUUCAGUUUUAGCAUAACAGUGCAGUUACAUCGCCUAAUUGUUCAAAUAAUAGGCUUUUAGCAGAAAAAAGAUUUUGAUGCCGUGAAGAUGAGCAACAGUGAUAUAACACCGUCAACAUUUCUUCGGAAUCUCAAUCAUGGCACGCAUCGUAAACUGGCAGAUUUUUUGGACCCUCUCGACACAUGGAAGAGGAUUCUCGUCGACAUACAAAACAAAUCCACGGGCCAGCCGAGGUACACACAGUUACACUUCAGGAGGUUCGAGGGACUGAUGGCAAAAGGGAAAAGCCCAACAGUAGAACUACUCUACGACUGGGGCACAGCCAACGCGACUGUAGGUGAAUUGGUGGAUCUAUUAGUGAAGCACAAGUUAUUUGCUCCAGCUGAUCUUCUUCUUCCUGAUGUGGUUAGUAGUAGGCCAGUUGAAGCAGUGACUGGUCUUGUAGGCCUAUGCCAAAAAACAGUGGCUCUGGAAAGUAAGCCUAGGCCAGAGGAAUCUGUUGAUCCAGGUUUCUCUAGGUUCUCCUACCAUGAGCUCAUGAAAAUCACAGGGAACUGGGAUGACCGCCCAACAUCCAUGGGAGGAAAUAAACUUGGGGAGGGGGGCUUUGGUAUUGUCUACAAAGGUUGCUUAAACAACACACAUGUGGCUGUGAAGAAACUCAACAUGAUGGAUGACAUCUCCCCAGAUGAGCUCCAGAUUCAGUUUAAUCAGGAGAUUCAAACUCUAAUGGUGUUAGAGCAUGAGAAUCUGGUAAACAUGGUUGGAUUUUCAUGUGAUACGGAACAUCCCUGUUUAGUGUAUGCAUACAUGCCUAAUGGAUCAUUGCUGGAUCGUUUGGCCUGCUUGGAUAACACCCCGCCUCUCUCAUGGCAUAGAAGAUAUAUAAUUGCUGUGGGAACAGCAAAAGGCCUGGAAUAUCUACACAGCAAUCAUCAUGUGCACAGAGAUGUCAAAAGUGCAAAUAUUUUGCUGGAUGAAAAACUUGUGUCAAAAAUUAGCGACUUUGGGCUGACACGAGCCUCAGCAAAGCGCACAUCCACCACAGUGAUGACCGAGAAGGUGGUCGGGACUACAGCCUACAUGGCACCCGAGGCCCUGAGGGGAGAGAUCACUCCUAAAUCAGACAUCUACAGCUUUGGAGUGGUGUUGCUGGAAAUAAUAUCUGGACUUCCACCAGUUGAUGAGGAACGAAAACCUAAAUUUCUAAUGGAGGUGAAAGAUGAGAUUGAAGAUGAGGAGAUGGAACUGGAAGACCUGGUAGAUAAGAAAAUGGACUCUGUGGACCUCUCCUCGGUGGAGAAGAUAUUUGGCCUGGCUUGCCACUGUCUUAAUGAUAAGAAGGGCAAGCGACCAAGCAUGGAAGAGGUAAUGGAGUUACUGUUCAAAAUCACAACCUCCUGAACAACCCUAGCAAGACAUGUAGCAGGCCUCAGCAAACCAAAUAGUCAGUAAGACCAGGGGGUAUUCCAAGUACAUGGUUUAGUGAUAAACCUGGGUAAGUUAACUCCGAGAAAGUGGUAAACCUCCUACAAGAAGACCCUAUGGCAUUGUUUUGUUAGGCGAAUGAAGCCAAACAGCUCUUCUGUUAGGAGGUAUACCACUUACUCUGAGUUAACUUACCCAGGUUACUAAACCAUGUACUUGGAAUAUCCCCCAAUGAUCACACUCAUUCCGCACCACACCCCUCAUAUCAGUUUGUUAAAUGUUAAAAGAUGUUCAGUAGAAUGUCAGAAUGUAUGAAGGCUCCCUGCUCUUCUUUACUAUACUAACUCCAGAGCCAUAGUGAUGUGCAUAUUGCUGUAAUACUACCCCCCCUCAGACCUACUCGAAUUUGAUGUUUAUUCAACACUCCUCCCAUCUGAGAAUGUUUGGGAGUCUUCAGAGCUCAGUUGCUUGCACUGUGCCCUUGAGCUAGCCAUUUGAGCAGAAGUUAUUCAGCUGCUACAGCUUUAUUUUGCCCCAGAGCAAGGCGAUGCAACUUGAGAUGUAUCAGCGCAUCUAGCUGGAUGCCCAGACUACUUGCCCAGACAUUGUUUUGUUGACUGUUAUGUGCAAGUCAC